AUGGAGCAGAGUCCCUGGGCGGGGGCUGUCCCGGGGCUCCACGCGGGGCUGCGGCUCCCUGGGGCUGCGGGCUCGGGCCCGGGCCAAGGCAGCCGCCUCUGCCAGGCUCGGGAGCUGGCCCGGCACAGGGAGCGGCUUCCUUGUCCCGCCCGCCCGCUUCCCGCCUGCCUGCCUGCGUGCCUCCCGAUUUUCGUGGUUGCGUACUUCCCUGUAUGCCUGCGUCCUCCCCUCCUCUUCUGCCGGCCCCCCGCUGCCUUCCCCGGCUGUGGGAGGGUUCAUCCAAAGGCUGCCCAGUUCUUGAAACCCGUAUGGGCCUCGGCGAGCUCCUCGGUGUCCACCCGAGCUCUCCCGGCCGAGCGGUGGCUGCGGGCCGGAGACGUGAGGAGAGGACGAGCAGAUACGUUGACGAGCCACCGAGCAGAAUCGCAGUCGGAAUUCGUUGGACAGGGAAGGGCCGGUGUGGGACAGACCGCACAGACAUGGGACAGCUCUGCACGGCAGGGCCGAGCUGAGCUGUGCCUCUUAGCCAAGGGACUGCAGCGAGGGCCAGCCCCAGUCGAGGAGGGGAGAAGCUACACCAGCGCUAGCUCACCAUUGCUUCUUGUCUCCCUGACGGCUCCGCUUCUCCGUUCGUUACCCCAAGGCAUGGGCAAGGUGAGGUGUUUUGUCAUCUAGCAUUUGGGUAUGUUGUCUGCUGUCCAGCACUGAAUGUGUGGCAAUUAAUCCUAUUGUUGAGAACAACACUCCAUGGCUUACACUACUGGAUUUGAUCAGGGGCUUGACUAUAUGCGAGAGCAGAUGUUAAGGGAAAGGGUCCUGGAGGCCUCUGCAACAUUCUUUCUCCAUGCUUGGUGACACAAGAGCUAUGGAAGAGCAUGAAGGCAAGGGGGCCACGUAUCCAUCUUCUGUGGUCUCCUGUUCCCACCUGGGCAACCUUUGAUUGCAAGGUGCUGCAAGCUUUCCUAAGCCUUCACCCUCGGAUGAGAAAGUAGUCAAGUUGUAAGCGCUGCAUCUAACCAAAGCACAGCAAAUGAUUCCAUGGCUUUCAAAUACCAGUCUCUUUAUUACAAUUCUCAUCCCAGUAACAAAGAUUCAAAUGUUCCGCAUCAUGUGGGAGAAGAUCAAAAUGGGUGAAAUUCAAGAGAAAGGUUUUUUGCGUGACAUCUUGUGGCCAGAAGUAUCCACGAGCCAGAACACUUCCUUCUGAAGGGAAGACAGAAAGAAGGCACAAAAGGCAAACGACCUUUCCCAAGGCUUAAGCAGACACAGCCCAGCAUCCUGGCUACAGCAGGAUAUAUACAAACUUCCAGCAGCACAGGGGUCAGAGACAUUUCCAUUUGCAAUGACACAUUCACCAUAAAAGCCUGCUCCAAACUUGUCAUUCGGGAGCUCAGUAUGACCUGAGGAUAGCAUAUGCAUGUAGAGACCACAGUGGCAUGGAAAGCAUUGUCAAGUAUUAGAGGAAUAGAAACCACCGAAGAAACGUAACUGUGCAUUUUGCACAUGACCUGUUUUAUCCAAGACUAAGGUAAAACCCACCAUUUCUUUUCUUGACACUUGAGCAAAAAGGUUGAGGGGGGAACAGAAAAGGCAAACCCAUUUCUUUUCUGUGUUAUGGAUGUGCAAAGUCAUGGAUGAUACUGUAGUUGUACAGCUGUGACAAGGUUUGACCUGAUAAUUGUAGCAGAAUUUAUCAGA